AUGGACGGCCCGGCGGGCGCCGCCACGGUGGUGGUGCGCGUGGGCAUCCCGGACCUGCAGCAGACGAAGUGCCUGCGCCUCGACCCCUCGGCGCCCGUGUGGGCCGCCAAGCAGCGCGUGCUCUGCGCGCUCAGCCACAGCCUCCAGGACGCGCUCAACUACGGGCUCUUCCAGCCGCCCUCGCGGGGCCGCGCCGGCAAGUUCCUGGACGAGGCGCGGCUGCUGCGGGACUACCCGCCCGACCUGGACACGCCCCUGCCCUACCUGGAGUUUCGAUAUAAGCGACGCGUGUACGCCCAGAACCUUAUCGAUGAUAAGCAGUUUGCAAAGCUUCACACCAAGGCAAACCUGAAGAAGUUCAUGGACUACAUCCAGUUGCACAGCACAGAUAAGGUGGCCCGCCUGCUGGACAAGGGGCUGGACCCCAAUUUUCAUGACCCCGACUCAGGAGAGUGUCCCUUGAGUCUUGCGGCCCAGCUGGACCACACCACGGACCUACUGAAGGUGCUGAGGAAUGGCGGGGCCCACCUGGAUUUCCGUACCCGGGAUGGGCUCACGGCUGUGCACUGUGCCACCCGCCAGAGGAACGCAGCUGCCUUGACGGUUAGCUACUUGCCCACAUACCUGCUGGACCUGGUCGCCUCACCGGACUACAAGGACAGCCGGGGCCUCACAGCCCUGUACCACAGUGCUGGGGGGGGCGAUGCCCUCUGCUGCGAACUGCUCCUGCACGAUCAUGCGCAGCUGGGGACCACCGAUGAGAACGGCUGGCAGGAGAUCCAUCAGGCCUGCCGCUUCGGGCACGUGCAGCAUCUGGAGCAUCUUCUGUUCUAUGGGGCUGACAUGGGUGCCCAGAAUGCAUCGGGGAACACGGCCCUGCACAUCUGCGCCCUCUACAACCAGGAGAGCUGUGCGCGUGUGCUGCUUUUCCGUGGGGCCAGCAAGGACGUCCGGAACUACAACAGCCAGACGGCCUUCCAGGUGGCCAUCAUUGCGGGGAACUUUGAGCUGGCAGAGGUUAUCAAGACCCACAAGGACUCUGAUGUCGUACCAUUUAGGGAGACCCCCAGCUACGCGAAGCGGCGGCGGCUGGCCGGCCCCAGUGGUCUGGCCUCCCCUCGGCCUCUGCAGCGCUCGGCCAGUGACAUCAACCUGAAGGGUGAGGUACAGCCGGCAGCCUCCCCGGGACCCACACUGCGAAGCCUUCCCCACCAGCUGCUGCUCCAGAGGCUGCAGGAAGAGAAGGACCGGGACCGAGACAGUGACCACAAUGAAGUUGGCAGCCUUACCCCACUCUGGGGGAGCCAGAGCAAGAUCAGCCCGAGCGGCCCGGGCCCCGCGUCCGCGUCCGCGCCCGGGCCCGCGUCCCCCGCGCCCCCCGCGCCGCCGCCGCGGGGCCCGAAGCGGAAACUUUACAGCGCGGUCCCCGGCCGCAAGUUCAUCGCCGUGAAGGCGCACAGCCCGCAGGGCGAAGGCGAGAUCCCGCUGCACCGCGGCGAGGCCGUGAAGGUGCUCAGCAUUGGGGAGGGCGGUUUCUGGGAGGGAACCGUGAAAGGCCGCACGGGCUGGUUCCCGGCCGACUGCGUGGAGGAGGUGCAGAUGAGGCAGCAUGACACGAGGCAUGAAACCCGGGAGGACCGAACGAAGCGACUUUUCCGUCACUACACGGUGGGGUCCUACGACAGCCUCACGUCCCACAGUGACUAUGUCAUCGACGACAAGGUGGCUGUCCUGCAGAAACGGGACCAUGAGGGAUUUGGGUUCGUGCUCAGGGGGGCCAAAGCAGAGACCCCCAUCGAGGAGUUCACACCCACCCCGGCCUUCCCGGCGCUGCAGUACCUGGAGUCCGUGGACGUGGAAGGCGUGGCCUGGAGGGCCGGGCUGCGGACAGGGGACUUUCUCAUCGAGGUGAACGGGGUGAACGUCGUGAAGGUGGGCCACAAGCAGGUGGUGGCCCUGAUCCGCCAGGGCGGAAACCGGCUGGUCAUGAAGGUGGUGUCUGUGACUCGGAAGCCGGAGGAGGACGGGGUGCGUCGCCGAGCCCCGCCACCGCCCAAGAGGGCCCCGAGCACCACGCUGACCUUACGCUCCAAGUCCAUGACGGCCGAACUGGAGGAACUGGCCUCCAUGCGGAGAAGGAAAGGGGAAAACUGGGACGAGAUUCUGGCGGCGGCCGCUGAGCCCACGCUGAGGCCAGACAUCGCUGAUGCCGACUCCAGAGCAGCCACUGUUAAGCAGCGGCCCACCAGCCGGAGGAUCACGCCCGCGGAGAUCAGUGCACUGUUUGAGCGCCAAGGCCUCCCAGGUCCCGAGAAGCUGCCAGGCUCCCUCCGGAAGGGGAUUCCACGGACAAAGUCUGUAGGGGAGGACGAGAAGCUGGCAUCCCUGCUGGAGGGGCGCUUCCCUCGUAGCUCGUCCAUGCAGGACACGGGCCGGGAGGUGCGGGGCAUCCCGCCCCCGCCGCAGACCGCGCCGCCGCCGCCGCCGCCCGCCCAGUACUACCUGGACUCGGGGCCGCCGCCGGCCUUCUCGCCGCCGCCGCCGCCCGGCCGCGCCUACGACACGGCGCGCUCGAGCUUCAAGCCGGGGCUGGAGGCGCGCCUGGGCGCCGGGCUGUACGAGGCGGGCGCGCCGCUGGGCCCGCUGCCCUACCCCGAGCGGCAGCGGCGCGCGCGCUCCAUGAUCAUCCUGCAGGACGCGGCGGCCGAGGCGGGCGACCCCCGGGCCGGGCCGGCCGCCACGCCGCCCGAGCGGCCGCGCCGCCGGCCGCGCGCGCCGGGCCCCGACAGCCCCUACGCCAACCUGGGCGCCUUCAGCGCCAGCCUCUUCGCGCCGUCCAAGCCGCAGCGCCGCAAGAGCCCGCUGGUGAAGCAGCUGCAGGUGGAGGACGCGCAGGACCGCGCCGGCCUGGCCGUGGGCAGCCCCGGGCCCAUGGGCGGCAGCUUCGCGCGCGACCCGUCCCCGACGCACCGCGGCCCGCGGCCCGGCGCCGCCGACUACGGGCCGGCCGACGGCCCCGCGCUGGCCUUCGGCGGCCCCAAGGACCGCCGGCUGGAGGAGCGGCGCCGCUCCACCGUCUUCCUGUCGGUGGGCGCCGUGGAGGGCAGCCCCCCGCCCGCCGCCGAGCUGCCCUCGCUGCAGCCGUCCCGCUCCAUCGACGAGCGCCUGCUGGGGCCCGGGCUGGCGCCCGCCCGAGACCUGCUGCUGCCGUCGCCCGUGUCCGCGCUGAAGCCGCUGGUCGGCAGCCCCAGCCUGAGCCCGUCCGGCUCCACCUUCAUCCACCCGCUCACCGGGAAGCCCCUGGACCCCAGCUCCCCGCUGGCGCUGGCCCUGGCCGCCCGCGAGCGCGCGCUCGCCUCGCAGGCCUCGUCGAGGGCCCCCACGCCCGUGCACAGCCCCGACGCCGACCGCCCUGGCCCGCUCUUCGUGGACGUGCAGCCGCGAGACCCCGAGCGCGCGGCACUGGGCCUCCCGGCCUUCUCGCCCAGGAGCCCGGCCUGGGUCCCGGUGCCCGCGCGCAGGGAGCCCGAGAAGGCGCCCCGGGAGGAGCGCAAGUCCCCCGACGACAAGAAGGCCAUGAUCCUCAGCGUGCUGGACACGGCCCUGCAGCGCCCCGCGGGCUCAUCGUGGUGGCACGCCACCAGCAACGGGCAGGAGCCCGGGGGGCUGGCGGCCGAGGAGGCGCGGCCAGGCACGCCCGAGCUGGCCCCGGCGCCCGUCCAGUCGGCGGUGGUGGCGGAGCUGCCCAGCCCCCGGGCCCAGCCCCAGGUCCCCGCCCCGCCGGAUCCCGGCCCGGGCCAGGGCAGCUCCGAAGAGGAGCCCGAGCUGGUGUUCGCCAUGAACCUGCCGCCCGCCCAGCUGUCGUCCAGCGACGAGGAGACCCGGGAAGAGCUGGCGCGGAUCGGGCUGGUGCCGCCCCCCGAAGAGUUCGCCAACGGGGUGCUGCUGGCCUCGCCGCUCCCGGGCCCAGGCCCCUCGCCCACGCCCAGCCCGGGCGCCGUCCCCGGGAAGGCCGCCAGCGAGCUGCCGCCAGCCCCCGAGUCGGCCGCAGACUCGGGGGUCGAGGAGGCCGACACGCGGAGCUCCAGCGACCCUCACCUGGAAACCACGAGCACCAUCUCCACGGUGUCCAGCAUGUCCACGCUGAGCUCCGAGAGCGGGGAGCUCACCGACACCCACACCUCCUUCGCCAACGGACACACUUUUCUACUCGAGAAGCCGCCAGUGCCUCCCAAGCCCAAGCUCAAGCCCCCGCUGGGGAAGGGGCCGGUGACCUUCAGGGACCCGCUGCUGAAGCAGUCCUCGGACAGCGAGCUCAUGGCCCAGCACCCACGCCGCGCCGCCGCCGCCGGGCUGGCCUCGGCUGCUGGGCCCGCUCGCCCUCGCUACCUCUUCCAGAGAAGGUCCAAGCUGUGGGGGACCCUGGAGAGGACGCUCUCCGGGUCCGACGAGGACAAGCCAACUGUGAUCAGCGAGCUCAGCUCCCGCCUGCAGCAGCUCAACAAGGACACGCGCUCCCUCGGGGAGGAGCCCGCUGGUGGCCUGGGGGCCCUGCUCGACCCUUCCAAGAAGUCGCCCAUCGCUGCAGCCCGGCUCUUCAGCAGCCUCGGUGAGCUGAGCACCAUCUCCUCCUCCGCGCAGCGCAGCCCCGGGGCCCCCGGUGGCGGGGCCUCCUACCCGGUGCGGCCCGGCGGCCGCUACCCCGUGGCGAGGCGCGCCCCGAGCCCGGUGAAGCCCGCGUCGCUGGAGCGGGUGGAGGGGCUGGGGGCGGGCGCGGGGGGCGUGGGGCGGCCCUUCGGCCUCACGCCGCCCACCAUCCUCAAGUCGUCCAGCCUCUCCAUCCCGCACGAGCCCAAGGAGGUGCUCGUGGUGCGCAGCGUCAGCGCGCGCAGCCGCUCGCCCUCGCCGUCGCCGCUGCCCUCGCCCGCGCCCGGCCCGGGCCCCGGCGGCGCCCCGGGGCCGCGCCGGCCGUUCCAGCAGAAGCCGCUGCAGCUGUGGAGCAAGUUCGACGUGGGCGACUGGCUGGAGAGCAUCCACCUGGGCGAGCACCGCGACCGCUUCGAGGACCACGAGAUCGAGGGCGCGCACCUGCCCGCGCUCACCAAGGACGACUUCGUGGAGCUGGGCGUGACGCGCGUGGGCCACCGCAUGAACAUCGAGCGCGCGCUGCGGCAGCUGGACGGCAGCUGACCCCCGCGCCGCCCGCGCCCUGCGGGCAGG